AUGUUGGUUCUAAGUGGAGAGUGGGUGUGUGGGGAUGGAGGAAAAUGGGAUUUCAUCAUUGAGAAGCAUCGAAUGGGUCGUAUGGUGCCUGUGUACGAGGGCAUUGGUUGUGUGGAUCUUGAACGCAACGUUCUGCGGGAGUUUGUGGUCGAUGAAGCUCGUUUUGGUGUAGCGUUGAGCUACUGGCCACCAACAAGCUUGGAGCUUGCAACUGGGAUUAGGACCCCACCGGUGCUGAUUACAAAUGAUGGGACUGUGAAGUACCUCUGCAAGCAUCUUAAGGUGACCGGGGGGAUGAAUCUGUUUGCUCAGUUUAAAGAGAAGCCAAAAAUUGUGGACAGUGAUGUUGUGGAUGACACAGAUCUGGGUUUUGUGUCACCAGAUGCAGCAAAGUUUUCGUCUGGGUCAUCUAAAAGGGGUUACAUUCCAUCAGCUGCUUUAGUGACUAAGGUGAUAAACCUUGAGGAAGAUGAUGAUUUAGUACGGGAGGUAGAGAGGGUGGAAGAACAUUUGAUGAGUGGGAAGAGACUCAGAGGAGAGAGCAGCUGCGGUGUGGAGGAUAAUGGUUUGAGUUCUGGAGCUAACAGUGAUGUUGUUUUGGACGAGAUAGAACUGAGGCCCAGAGGUUACGACCAGGAGUUUUGGGACCCGUUGUUGGCUGGAGAUUACGGAGGUUCCAAUUCCGUUAAUGUUGUGUUUAACGAGGAUGAGAUUGUUGAAGGACUGAAAAAAAAUUCUGGUCCGAGAACAUAUGUUGAGGUUGGGGGGUCAAGCGGAGGAGCUAAGAAAGAAAACCCACUGAAGCCGGAGGAUUACAAUCCUUGGAUGGGAGGUGGUGGUGGGCCUCAGGCUGGUGUUAACAUGGAAAGGCGACCUGCACGUAAACUCGCUGAUGUUGACGACGAGGAGUUUGAUAUUCCUCCAAUGUUCGAUGACACCGAAUAUGAUGUGUCAGAGAUCCUAGACAUGGAUGUGGACGAACAAGACAGUGAAAUUGCUGUUGGGAAGAUAUUUGGGAGCAAGGAAGAUUGUCAGAUUGCUUUGGCAAUUUAUGCAAUAAAAAAACAGUUCAAGUUCACGCAGACGAGAACGAAAGUUGAUUCAUUUGUUGUGGAGUGUCCAGACAAGAGAUGUGAUUGGCGUGUAACUGCGCACGAGAUCCGGGGACAAGGCUACAAGAGCAGAGCAACAUCUCGUGUCAUAGCUGCCGUGUACAAAGCAAGGUUUGGGAACCCAGGGAAGGCUCCUUUUGCGCGUGAUUUGCAGAAACUACUUAUGGAAGACCUGCGUGUGAAUGCUUCGUAUAUGACGUGCUAUAGGGCUAAGGAGAAAGCAAUUGUGGGUGUGCGUGGUUCUGAUGAGGACGCAUAUCUGAAGCUCCCUGAGUAUCUGUACAUGCUUAAAUUGGCAAAUCCCGGCACAAUUGCGGAUUUGGGGACAGAUUUAUACGACGAUGGCGAUGAACGUUUCCUUUACUUGUUCCUUGCAUUUGGGGCUUCAAUUAGUGGAUUUAGGAAGCUUCGACAUGUGUUGGUGAUAGAUGGUACCCAUCUUAGCGGCAAGUACAAAGGAGUUCUCUUGACAGCUAGUGGGCAGGAUGCAAAUUUCCAGAUUUUCCCUCUAGCUUUUGCCGUUGUGGACGCUGAGGACGAGGAUGCUUGGACCUGGUUUUUACAAAAAGUGGAGAGGAUUUUAAGCGAUUCCCCAAGUCUAGCCAUAAUAUCAGACAUGGCUGUGUGUAUUUCCAAUGCUGUAAGCAAGAUUUAUCCACAAGCCAAACAUGGAGCUUGCAUAGUACAUUUGGCAAGAAACGUGAAUUCAAGGUUCUCAAGUAAACAAUUAGCAGAAUUGGUGACGAAGACAGCCAUGGCGCAUGAGCCACGUGAGUACAAAGAUCUUUAUGGAAAGAUCAGGGCCGCUAAUAGUGCAUGUGGGGUGUAUUUGGGAAAAAUAGGUACAGCUCGUUGGUCAAGAGUAAAUUUCCCUGGUGAAAGAUAUAACAUCAUGACUAGUAAUAUUGCUGAGCAGUUGAAUAAUGCGCUAUUGGAAGGUAGGGGAGCCAACAUUCUAGAGUUGAUAAAGUUCAUUCAGAGAAUGAUGACUAGGUGGUUCAGUGCGCGUAGGAGGAAGGCGGAGAAACACAGUGGUACUGUUGCUAUAGAGGUGGACAAAGAGAUGACAGAGAACAUGGCGACUGUUAAGGGGAGUUACAUAAAUUCUGUCAAUGAGUGGACUUGUCAAAUUUUAGGAAAAUUAGGGAGGUCAGACAAGGUUAUGCUAGCGGAGAGGAAAUGUAGUUGUAAGUAUUUUGAUAAUAUCAAAAUACCUUGUGGACAUGCAAUACUAGCAGCUAACGGGCUUGGAGUGUCAACGGAAACACUGUGCGGUCAUUGGUACAAGACGUAUGUGUGGAGGGAGACAUAUGCAGGUGUGAUAAAUCCAGAUGAAGAUUCAAGGAAUGUAGACAUACCUGAAGAAGUAAGCCAGAUGGUUGUAUACCCUCCCAUCACAAAGAGGCAGCCUGGGCAUCGUCGCAAGUCACGCAUUCCCUCGACGGGGGAGAUCAAGGUACCGAAGAAGAAGUUGAGUCAGAAAAAAUGUGGGAGGUGUAGGGGGAUUGGCCACAACCGCACUAAUUGCACUUGUCCCAUCUAG